AUGAACGGAUUAUCAGUCUGUACAUAUCUAUAUAUCUAUCUACCAGAGUCUGUUCAUAUCUAUCUAUCUAUCUAUCUAUCUAUCUGUGUCUGUUCAUAUCUAUCUUUCUGUCUAUCUAUCUAUUCUGAUAUCUUUAAUCUGUUCAUACCUAUCUAUCUACCUAUCUAUCUCUUUAUCAAAGUCUCUACAUACCUAUAUUUCUUUCUUUCUUUUUUCUUUCUAUCUAUCUAUCUAUCUAUCUAUCAGAGUCUGUUCAUAACUAUCUAUCUAGAAGUGUCUGCUAUAAACGUGUUCAUAUCUAUCUAUCUAUUCUGUUCAUAUCUAUUUAUCUAUCUAUCUAUCUAUCUAUCUAUCUAUCUAUCUAUCUAUCUAUUAGAGUCUGUUUAUAUUUAUCUGUCUCUCUAUCAGAGUGUGUUCAUAUCUAUUUUCCCACUCAUUAUCACCCUCCUUUUCUAUUCUUCUCAUCCCCAUACCCUCCUCAGUUCAUAUUCACUUUGCUCUUCUCGUCAUUCACAUCCGAAGCAAAAUCUUUUGAUGAGCUUGUUUCUUCCUCGUCUUUAUUUCAUUCGUCUUUUUCCUCUUUCCCGCCUGUUCUUUCUCUCUCAUUUUUUAUCUGUUCAUAAUCGUCCGCUUCAUUUUCUACUUUUUCUUCUCCUUUCCUCGUUCCUCCUUCUCAUUCUUCUUUUCUUUUCUUUUUUCUUUCUUUCUUUCUUUCUUUCUUUCUUCUCCAAGAUCAUCCACGGGAGUAAAUUACAAUGA